CCGAAACUCACACUGCGACGUCCCUGCUUCUUCCUUCUCAAAGCUGAGCCCACCGCCACCAGCUCCGCCAUCGUCGCGGCAAUCAACGACGGGAGCAGCCACCAUCUCCCGCCGCCGCCGCCGCGCGCCGAGCACCGCCUGAGCUGAGCCCCCAAUCUUCGUCCGCAUAGCCCUCCACCGCCCGGCCGUAACUGUCACAGCACUCAUCUCACCUCAAGAUCUCCGCACACUCGGCCACGGCACCGUCGCGCUCAGGCGAUCCGUUCGCCGUCGCGAGGACGAACCGCACAUUGUGCUCUCUCUCAUCGCAUUCGUGCGCGUGCGCGUGUUUUUUCCCCAGUCACGCAAGACGCGAUGGCCGAGUCGCCGUCUGAGGCCUUCAAGCUCGAUCAGCGAGUUCACUCGGCCGGCGAUUCCCGCCGGGUCGGAACGGUCAAGUACGUCGGGCCGGUGGAGGGCCACGGCGGGAUAUGGGUGGGGGUGGAUUGGGACAAUGGCGAGGGCAAGCACGAUGGCUCCAUCAAUGGGGUCCGCUAUUUCCGGGCCAAGACCGAGCGGUCCGGGUCGUUCGUUCGGAUCCAGAGCUUGAGCGGCGGCAUUUCCUUGCUGGAGGGCCUCUACGUCAGAUACCGCGGCGAGUCCACUAAGGAAGAGGAGGAUGACAUGUAUGUCCUCUCAACGAGUAACAAGCGUGUAUUCGUUGAGCUUGUUGGUAUGGAUAAGAUACAGGACAAAUUAAGCCGGUUUGAGGAGUUGAAAGCUGCAUCACUACCGUACUUAGGCAUUAGCUCUUUGGGUGAACCAUGCAAAAUCAGUGCCACUAUACCAAAUUUGAAGGAGCUAGAUUUGACAGGAAAUUUGCUUUCUGAUUGGAAGGAUGUUGGCAUGCUAUGUGAAACUUUACCAACUCUCACUGUCCUUAAUUUGUCUCACAAUUUAAUGAGAAAGAUUGUUACUGGCAUGCCGAAGUUAUAUCACUUACGUGUACUAGUCCUGAACAAUAUGGGCAUAAGUUGGGAGCAGGUUGAUAUGCUCAAAGAAUCACUUCCAUCAAUUGAAGAGUUGCAUCUGAUGGGAAAUAACAUAAGCACAAUAGAAGAGAUUGGGAAUCAUGGCCUGGCAAAGGGUGUGAAUAGGUGGAGAAAUUAUUCAGGGUCAUCCUUUGUAGAUGGAGGCUUUGAUUCUCUUCGACUCCUCAACUUGGAAGAUAAUUCUAUAGCUGACUGGGAGGAAAUUGUGAAGCUUUCACAGCUUAGAAGCUUGGAGCAGAUACAUUUGAACAAGAACAAGUUGAAGCAGAUAUUUUACCCUGGCAAUGAUUCAAUCAGCAGAACGCUGAAUGAAUAUGACAUUCAUAAUGAAAGCUUUAAGCCAUUCCAAAAUUUACGUUGUCUUCUUCUGGGGGGGAACUGCAUUGAAGAUCUGGAAUCUCUUGACUCACUGAACUAUUUCCCUAAGCUGGUGGACAUUAGGCUUUCUGAAAAUCCAGUCACUGAUCCUGCUAAAGGGGGUGUCCCAAGAUUUACCUUGGUUGCUCGUUUAGCAAGAGUUGAAGUACUAAAUGGGAGUGAGGUCAGCACUCGAGAGAGGAAGGAGUCUGAGAUAAGGUAUGUUCGCCUUGUUAUGUCCAGGCACAGUGACAACCCAGAGGAAAUGAAGCGUCUCCAUCCCAGAUUUAUGGAGCUUAAGGAAAUUCAUGGAAUAGAAGAUGAAAGGCCAUCAAUUGCAUCAGCAGGACCCAAGAAAAUGUCUUCAGGACUCAUAUCAAUCACUUUGAAAUGCAUUGCAGCAUCCAUGGGUGAGAAGCCCUUACAAACAAAGAAAUUGCCAGCCACCACCACGGUAGGAAAGCUGAAGCUUCUCUGUGAAAGCAUUUUUAAUAUGAAGUCUACCAGGCCAAAGUUAUAUCUACAAGAAGAGGGAUCCCCUCUACCGAUGUUGCUUGAUGACGAUAUGUCAUCCCUAGUGGACCUCGGAAUAGACAGUUCUUCAAUUAUUCUCAUAGAUGAAGAGAGCUAGUCGAAGCUGUGGGGGAUGGCUGGGUCCUUUCACUGGCAUGGGCGUGGGGCAUGGUAAUGUCGGACAUCCAACUCCACAAGAUUCAUCUUUCUGGCGAUUCAUAUUUCCCAACAUAUGUUCUUGGCUGUCAUUUAUGCUGAUCAUUGGUGCAAUACUUGGAUAAUUAGUUUGAGCUACUUAUUAUGCCAUGUAAAACUGGAAAUAUAUCUGCAAGGUUUUGAAGCUCUAGAUCAUUUUUUUUUUUUUUCAUUUUUCAUCUAUCUGAAGGGAUUGGUUGGCAUGAAUCUGACAGUGUAGUCGAAGUGUCAA